AUGGUUAUUGAAACGAUAGAGGAUAGUCAGGAAAUUGUGGAUCGUUCGGUAAAUCUUAUCUGGAGGGCAACUCAUGGGAAGAUUGUUUCGAUUAUUUUUAAUCAAAUUCAACUUCAAACGGUAACCAUAACAUUUGGUGAUGGUGAGGUUAAGACCGUGGGGAUUGAUACACCGGGUGCAGUUCUUAUAAGAGAGAAUGUCUUUUCUCAGUUAUCGAGAGAACUCGCCGUCUCAAAUAAAGAUAAUCCUAUUAAUGUGGAUGAUUCAUCUACAUCGACGAAUAAUCGAUCUUGGGAGGGUGAAGCCUCUCCAUCGACUGGUGCUGAUCAGGGUAAUCAAUCUCAGAAUAGGGAAGCCUCUUCAUCGACUGGUGCUGAUCAGGGUAAUCGACCUCGGGAUGGGGAAGCCUCUUUACCGACUGGUGCUAAUCAGAGUAAUCAAUCCAAACAUGAGCGAGUUACUCAGAGCUCGGAAGUAAAUAAAUUUUCUAAGGUGUCAAAAGAAAAGAGAAGUGGGAGGAGGAUGCGAUUUCGCAUCAAUAAGCAAAAGUUAAAGAUUCGGCGAGGUAAAGAUGUGGAUAACACAGAUUGGUCUGAAUGCGAGGAAUGCCACGGGGAGCGGAAGGAGUUAUGUAAAUUAUGUGGAUGUUUUAUAUGUGAACGGAAGAUUGAUGGGGGUCGUAUCCUCUUAUGUGAUGGUGGCUGUGGUAACGGUUAUCAUACUUAUUGUUUGAAUCCCCCAAUUGAUAAAAUACCAUCUGGAAAAUGGUACUGCGAUGGAUGUAAAUCCCAAAGGCUUGAGUCUGAACCCUCGGGAUCGAAAGGAGAGAAGGUAGUUUUGAUGAGUGAUGAUAAUAAUCGAAAUAAUGUCCAAAUUCCAUUGGAGAGAGAUGACUCGUUGGGAAUAAAUCAACCUAUGUCGGAUGUUAUGAUAACAUCACGUGGUUCAUCGAUGGAUGAUCGACAACUUGAUGAGAUUCGAGGAGAUGAUCCAGUGAGCAGAUCGCAUAUGUUGAAGAAAAUUUUUACUGAUGUUACGACUGAUCAAUUGGACAUACGUGGUGAUCAACUUUUUUCGAGGAAUGAUUCGAUGGAAUCUUUUUUCACUUCGGAUUUUAAUUAUCUUUUUGAUAUUGGUGAUAUUCAUUUUUCACCUGGAUCUCUACCAUCUUAUUCAACGUCAAAUGUUGAAACAUUGGAUAAUUACUUUAGGGAAUGGAUUGGUCAGUAUAGUAAACUUAAGUUAACCAAGCGGAAGGCUGAGGAGAACAUGUUGAAGAUGAUAUAUGAUCUCCGAAAACCGUUUUUAGCAUUACUUGUGGUACUUUCGACUGAUUAUAAACGGAAAAAUAAUGGACUAUCACCCGCACCGAAAGUGUUACGCGGUCUCAUUGCAGAGAAGAUGAUGACCGCACUAUGUAUCGAUGAUAGGCAAGAACGGAGAUAUUGGAGUGGAAUGUGGAGAUUGAUUAAACUAUUACAUGUGACUCAAUGUCCCGUGGCUAUUCUCGUGAUGGCUCGAAUUAAUUCCACAUUUUUGUUGAUGACGUCUAUUAACAAUUAUAAUAAAUUUCUUAUAGCUCUUUUGGGUGAUGAGGGAGCUCACCAUGAGAAUCCUGUAUUUGAUGAGUUAUUGAUGCAAAAGGUUAAAGAGAUUGUCCACAGACAGGAGACUGGUAUUAUAGAUUAA